CUUUUUUUUCCCUUUUUUUUUUUCUUUCAACUACUAUGACUGGUGAUCAACAAACCCUUAUUGACACAGCCUAUUUUGCCCCGUCUGAACCCACGGUAAGCAUCCAGAACAGUAAAGAUAUUGAAGAAGAAAUCAAGGAAUGGCAUUUCCACAUAUACUUUUUUCAACAAAAUGAAGAACAAAAGCAACAAGCCUUGGUACUUCGGGAUCGUGUAUUGGCCUUGGUCAAGGAAGGGUUCUUCAAGGUGGUACCUUUUUAUCGAGUCAAUCUGCAACCCAUUGGACCUCAUCCCAUAGGGAGUUAUGAAGUAUGGUGCCCUACUGAACAUUUUGCUAGAGCGUUUUCAUUCUUCACAUUAAAUCGAGGAGGAUUGUCCAUCUUGAUUCAUCCAUUGACAUUAUAUCCCUUGACUGACCAUACUUCAAGAGCUGUCUGGUUAGGUGCCUCUAUGCCUUUGGAUUAUUCUUCCUUGGCCGACGUCGAAGAAGGACCUUUAGGACAAUACCCCAAAUUGAAAUUAGGUUAUAGUAAAUAGCUUUUCUUAUCUUGAAAUAAAACUCUUUUUAAAUAU